CCAAGUCACUCGUCAGUCGUCAACUCGUCAGCAGUCCUGCGUGUUUCCGCAAUAAGAGCUCUUUUCGACUGUUUAGCCCCCUAUUCUGCGGGAUUCGAUUUUGUUUUUUUUUACGACACGCUGCGCCGUGUUUCCCGAAGUGUGUGUGUUGCACAUGGUUUCGGUGAUUUAGUCGUAAUCUUAAGAAUAAAUAACGUAGACCAAUUGAUACAUUAAAAUAGGCACAUUUUUAUUACUGUAAUUAAAAUGAGUGAGAGCACAGAAAUUCAAAUAAAAAAAGAAAAAGAUGUAGAAGAACUUCAGAUUAAGGAAGAAAGUGAAAUUAAUCCUAUUCAAGCCAAGAAGGAAAACGAAAUUGAUCCUAUUCAAAUCAAGAAGGAAAGCAAAAUUGAUCCUAUUCAAAUCAAGAAAGAAAGUGCAAUUAUUCCUAUUCAAAUAAAGAAGGAAAACGAAGCUGAUCCCAAUGAACUACAGAUCAAGAAAGAGUAUGUUUUGAGCAUUCGGGAAAGAGUUCUCUGUACGGAUUUGCUAUCUGCAAAGGAUCGUGUAUUGAUUGAUGGUGCAGAUAACUCUAAAUCAAAAGAAAAUGAUACAGACACAAUAGUUAAAGAAGACUUGAAACUAAUAUCGGUCAAAUUGAAGGGUCAGAACAAAAACCGUCCACCUCCAAUGAGAUUUGACAUCACUGAAAGAAUAUGUCCUUCAUUGGUUGAUGUUGCAGAAGAUGAAGAACCAAAAGUAUGUCCAUACAACCCAACUUGCCGUUACAGACAUGAUGUAGUAGAAUAUAUGAAGGAAAGGAAGCCUGACAUGUUACCUGGAGGAUGUCCAAACUAUCAGUCUAGUGGAAGGUGUUCUAGGGGUAUAAGCUGUCUGUUAGGUGAUGAACAUGUGACACCAGAAGGGAAAAACAAAAUUAACCCAAAUCCAACCAGUCCUGGUUCUGAAUACUUCAACUUCUUAUCCAAGGAUCUCCAAAAAUCACUCAGAAAGAAAACCUACAACUUCAAGAAAGCAGAGAGUUUUGUAAAAAAGAACAAUAAAGAUCAAGGUAACAGUAACAACAAGGAUAAGAAGGAAAAGAUUACUGAAGCAAAUGGAGAAUCCAUCAAUGUGAAUGCUGUGGCAUUGAAAGUAGAGCCCAAUAGUGAGAGUUCAGAAGUUGAAGAACCAUCAGCCAAGAAAAUUAAAGUAGAAAUUACUGGCCCAAUUACUAAUGAAGAUAUCACAUUGAAAACUGAAGAAAAGAAAAAGAUUGAUUGGAGGGGUAAAUUGUACCUGGCUCCCUUGACCACGGUAGGAAAUCUACCGUUUCGAAGGUUGUGCAAAGCUCUGGGAGCUGAUAUUACUUGUGGUGAGAUGGCCAUGGCUGAAACACUAGUCGGAGGAGGGCAACAAGAAUGGGCCCUCGUGCGCAAACAUAAGUCUGAAGAUCUUUUUGGAGUACAGAUCUGUGGCGCUAAUCCAUACAUUCUGGGAAAAUGUAGCCAACUGCUUGAAGAGAACACUGAAAUUGAUUUCAUUGACCUUAAUCUUGGCUGCCCAAUCGACAUGGUGUAUCAAAAGGGAGCGGGCAGUGGCUUAAUGCGUAGGAGGGGACCUUUGGAAUCGUCUAUCAAGACCAUGUCACAAUUGCUCAAGAUCCCGUUUACUGUUAAAAUGAGAAUGGGCGUCUAUACAGACCACCCAUUUGCUCAUCAAUUAGUAGAAAAAUGUCGGGAUUGGGGUGUCUCUAUGGUGACUGUACACGGUCGUUCCCGUGAGCAACGUUACACACGUCUCGCCGACUGGGAUUACAUAGGAAAUUGCGUCAAAGCCGCUGAUCCUAUGCCCAUAUUUGGAAACGGAGACCUGAUGUCUUACGAAGACUAUGAACGAGUAGUGGAUCAGAGUGGGGCUGCAGGCGUAAUGAUCGCUCGUGGGGCUUUAAUCAAACCUUGGAUUUUCACUGAGAUAAAAGAGCGUAGGCAUUGGGACAUCAGCUCUAGCGAACGGUUUCAGUAUAUGAAAGACUUUUGUAACUAUGGCCUUGAACAUUGGGGUUCGGAUUCCCAGGGUGUGGAGAGAACACGAAGAUUCCUUUUAGAGUGGCAGUCAUUUGCUCAUCGCUAUGUUCCCGUUGGUUUACUGGAAAGGCCGCCGCAAAAAAUGAAUCUCCGUCCACCCCCUUUCAGAGGCCGUGAUGACCUGGAGACGCUACUGGGUUCACCUAACGCAGGAGAUUGGGUCCGUAUUUGCGAAAUGUUCCUUGGACCAGCACCUGACGGGUUCCAGUUCUUGCCAAAACAUAAAGCCAACUCGUGGAAGUGAGCAUAAUCAUUCACAUCCAUUUUCAUGUUUUUUGCUAGUUCAAAGCAAAUACUAACCAAUG